GAAAAGUCGUGUUCUGCAUCAACUUACCUCUGUUUAUCAAUGAAUCAAUCAAAAUUGAACUAAAGCCGAACAAGUUUUUACGGUUUUUACUACGAGUCUACGAAAAUGACAGUUUUGUUUGUACCACACCAUCACGUCUUGUUGUAUAAAUAAAUCUAAACCAUCAAUGGCCAAUAGUUGCCGGAUUUGCUUCGACGAAAACAAAACCCUUUUUUCAUUGGAAACCGAGGUCGAGUUUCAUGGCACAAAGCUGACCUGUAUGCAAAUGUAUAAAAGCAUUACUGGACUGGAGGAAACAAUGGAUAUUUGUACGAAUGCUUAUCGCCACAUUUGCAUAUCGUGCUUUGGAGAAUUAAACAGCUGUUACAAAUUUCAACAGAUGGCAAUAAAAUCGUUCAACAUAUUUAUUGGACAUAUUUUGGAUCAACCAUACAAGCAAGUUGAUAAACAUAGCGAACCAAGCAAUGAAGUAGAUCCAGAGAAUCAGGGUCGACACUCUGCUUCAAAUGAGGAAGAAUAUCUCGAUGUAGACUACCUAGAAGAUCAACCGCUGGCUGAAAACGGUACUAGUAUGGACAAAGACCAGCUUGUUCAGAUUGACACGACCAUUGUAGACUCUAAACUGAGCUGUCCCAACUAUCUCAACAAUCACAAAACGGAAGCCGUCAUGGCUGUAAAAUCAAUUUGCUCACAGGCGAACAAAGAGGAGUUCAUUUGCCCAGUUUGCCGCAAAAUGUUCAACAGUAGAAAAACGCUUCGGCAGCACAGCCGUACCCAUCUGAAUCCAGAGUCAAGAAGACAUAAAUGUCGUUUCUGCGAGAAAGCAUUCAAUUUUGGUCACCAUCUCAGAAUACACGAGCGAACCCACACGAAUCAAAAACCGUUUCAGUGUCUUUCUUGUGGCAAAACAUUCGCCUCCAAGGAUAGACUUUCGAACCAUCGCAUGCGGCACGAGGAACGCCUCAAAUAUGCGUGCGAAUUGUGCGGCACUUGCUUCCGAAGCAAGAAAGUGUUGAAAAUGCAUUCUAUCUUGAAGCAUGAUGCUCCGGUGGGAAAGUUCGAUCCCAUCAAGUGCGAUCAUUGCGGUAAGGAACUUUUCUCUAAAUCUGCAACAAGUGCCCACAUGAAGGGACCAUGCAGUAGUAAGACAUAUAAUAUUGUUUAAUGCUAGAAAAUGGUAAACUAAUAAUUAAAUUUGAGCCGUAUUAGUUAGUUUUUGCAUUGUUUCUAUGAUCAUACUUUCAUCUAACAAAUGUAGUUUAUCUGCGACACAAGCCACAGAUUUGAACCCUAAAACCUAAAAAUAAUUGUCUGUUGA